UAUUCGUGUAUUCAUUUUGACUUUGCGGACCAACGAAGCAGAAACAUCACUAUAUCAGGGUUUACUUGUUGCUUCCACAUGCACUUAUUUGUUUAGAAGAAGGCGGGACAAGUGCCAUGUAACGUGAACAUACCCAGAACAAAUAUGGUUUGGGGUCAGUUCGCUCUAACUGUGCUGUUUCUGGCUAUGCGGUCAAGCUUUGGCUACGAGUGCGAUAAAUCAGCGACCGUUUGUAGGACCUCCUUGGUGAUAGAAGACAGAAUAACAAUGAUGCACGAGGACCACAAAAAGGUGUACCCCCACAAGGGCAAACUAUAUCGUUUCGACGUCGACAACCCUGACAACGCCACUGAAAUCCCACUAGAAGGCGUGAUAACUGGCGACGGGUAUGAACCAGGGCGACUCGUCGUGGUUGCCAACAACAGUAUGCCGGGCCCACCGAUCAUCGUAUAUGUUGGUCAACGACUCAUAAUUGAUGUCACCAAUAAGCUUCCUUCUGACACAGUUACUAUACACUGGCACGGCCUCCCACAGCAUGGAACUCCUUGGAUGGACGGCGUUCCUUUCAUUACCCAGUGUCCAAUUCUCUCGGGUCAGACGUUCACCUAUGACUUCAUUGUCGAACCAAAGGGUACUUAUUGGUACCACGCGCAUACGGGAUCUAUGCGAUCAAAUGGAUUGAAUGGAGCAUUUGUGAUAAGAGAACCUUAUUCAACCAUACCUGAACACAUCAUGGUCGUUCAAGGAUUCAACCAUAAUCGAAGCUCAGACUUGGACUUCAAAAAAAUGCUGAUCGGUCACUUUGAGAAUCGUCAACCUAUGCCAACAACCGAAUCUGUGGAUGGUGGAUUCUUCAGUCGUUUUUUCCUAACCUCAGCACUGAUCAAUGGGAAAGGGCGUUAUUAUCCUAACUUGACGACAGAGGAUCACAACUUUGCACCUUUGACCAUGUAUGAUGUGCAGUUUGGAAAUACAUACAGAUUCCGUGUGGUCAAUGUAGGAGCACAGUAUCCCAUGCGGAUAUCUAUAGACAAUCACAACCUGACUUUAACAGCUUCUGAUGGCUUCGACUUCAAACCAGUUGUUGCCGAAUCUUUUAUCAUCAAUCCUGGAGAAAGAUACGACUUCUUCAUUGUAGCCGAGCAACCGAGAGCCAACUACUGGGUACGGACUGAGACCAUUGAAUACCCCAACCCACACAAGGCAAAGGCGAUAUUACGUUAUAGUGGGGCAGGCGACGAGGAACCGACUACUUCUAGGAAAAUCUGUACGCCAACAGACCGGUGCCUAGUUGUGAAUUGUCCGUUCACAUACUUUCCAGCAGGCACCUUCACUGAUUGCAUGCGUUUUGAUCAGUUACGAUCAUUGCUCGACAACGAUCCAGCACCGGUACCUACUGGGAACGAAGCGCUAGUUGAACACUUCCUUAACUUUGCAUUUCCUGGAAUAGAUUACUUCCCUUCGUCAGUCAAUGGAAGACAAUUCAGAUUUCCUAAGGUAUCUGCCCUGACACAACCAUUUGAGAUAGAUACUUCGUGUGAUGACCAAGACUGCGGCUCGGAAAAACUGUGUCAGUGCUCCCAUUCACUCCCCCUGCACCAUAAUGACGUAGUGCAACUCGUCAUCCUUAAUAUGGGGGUCGGAACCGGAUGGUCACAUCCGAUCCAUCUACAUGGUUACUCGUUUUAUGUUCUGAAGAUGGGUUAUGCAACAUACAACGAGACGACAGCAAAAUUCAUAGCUCCGAAUCCUGAUAUCGAUUGUCGUGGGGACUUCUGCAACGAUGCCACAUGGAGCGAUCCGAGCUGGCUAGGCGACAACGUACCUGGAUUGGAACUCACUAAUCCAACGCGAAAGGAUACAAUUAUAAUACCUAGCGGCGGAUAUGCAGUCAUCAGAAUCAAGGCCGACAACCCAGGUGUAUGGUUGAUGCAUUGCCACAUCGAACUGCAUGCAAACGACGGAAUGAUGAUGUACAUAAACAACUCUUAUGGAAUGCAUCCCCCUCCUCCUGACGGAUUUCCCAUCUGCCACAGUUUUCCAUCAGAAUAUCGUGCUCGCAAACAUGCAAGCAAUGGUGGGAACAUGACAACUUCGGCGCCGGUUACCAGAAUCGUCACACAGAUCGAGGAGGUGGAAGUGUUCGAAGACGAUGGGUAUGGAAUGAAGGCGUUUUGGAUCGGUAUAGCUGUUAUGGGUGUGGUAUGUCUUCUACUCAUUGCUUACAUUCUACACCUUCGCAAGAUGGUAAAAGUCCUGGAGGAAUGGAAGAAAUCAGCCGUUGAAACGAAAGGCGUAGAUAAUCCAUCGUUCUCCAAAUUUUGACUGUAUAAUGGAACCUCUUUAAAGUUGACACUUCAGUUGUAUAGCUUUUGUGAAUUGGUAUCGGUUACAGUGUAACUUUGCUUUACUUGAUGAUUUGGUUCGUUUUUUAUAGAACCUCUUUUAACCAUACUCUUCAGUUCUGUGUGGAAUAGAAACUUGAGUAUACUCGUUAGUUUUGUGUGCAGAAGAGGAAGAGCAUCAAUAUAUGGGACUUUUUGGAUUUUAUAUGAAGGUUAUCGCUGUGUUAGUAACCUUUCCGGUAUUUCAGAAUCUUGUUUUGGAUUCGCUUUCGUUUUAUGUUACAGUGAAACUGUACAAGAAUCGUACUUAACUGUAUUUUAAAUUCGAUGCAAACAUUUAAAACUAUCUCUCUAUAUAUAAAACUGCUAUUAUUUUAUUAUUGCUGGGAAUCUCUGCUCCGAGCAUUUCUAUUUUGGGGGUUGGGGUGGGGUGUGUGUGUGUGUGUGUGGGUGUGUGUGUGUGGGUGUAGGGGGGGGGGGGGUUGUGGUACUGUGCUUUGACUGCCUAAGUAGUUAAUAUAAUAACCUAUACAUUUUGGUACUUUAAGCUUUUGUCUCACUUUUGUUUCUUGAUCUUGAAUUAUAUUAAUGUCUGGAUGUUGUGUUAAAGAUGCGUUGAUUCCCUACGGUUUAAGUUAUUAUCGCGAUGACAAGUUGUCAGUGUACGGGAUAUGUUGAAAUAAUUGUGUGAAUACUUUUUUAAAGUAAGACGGGUUUUAUAUAAGUACCAAGACUUUUAUGAUAAAAUAGAUAAGGUGAAAUAAAUAAAA